AACAAUACAGCUACUGUGCCGUUAUAAACUGUGCCUAUACAUUGUCUGCAUAUUUGAUAACUGAAAUGACGCUGCUUGGCUGCAUGUUAAUAGCGAGUUCAGGUGAAUUAUAGUUUCGCGGCGUUUACAGGACUACAGCGUUAGCAAGCAGGCUAACAAUGUUAGCUGCUGGGCUGUGGAUAAUACCUGGAAUGCCUCGGAACGCCCUCGGAUGCUGCCUGCCACUAGUUGGCUUAUAACACUAGCACCCGGCUAUUUAUAGGCAGUAUGUUUUGCCAUUUGUGGUGAGCUAAAAGACCUAACGUUAAUGUGGAAAUAAACCAAAGCUUGCUAGGCCAAAGAUGCAAAGGCCUGCUUGUAACAAAGAUAUUAGGGUGGUCUUUCAAUUAAUAGGAAACAUUUGUAGCACGACCUCCUCCUUGUUUAAUGUAGUCAGCGUUAAGUUGCAGAAUUGCUUGACGUUCAUUUAGGCGCGUAGAGAGAAAAACGUCAGCUAAGAGACAAUGCUUUGGUGUAAUCGCUGCUUUUUUUAUAUUCUCAAUAUAUUCCACUCAGAUCGGCUGAUCACUAUGUUGAUCUGUUAACAACGGGAGAAUCUAUAUGCCAUUAUUUGUCAGGCGAGAUGACUCAUGCGGGAUGGAGCGCAUUAGCAAGCUAACUAUAGCCAGUAAGCUAAGCUAGCUACGUUCGGGGCUUUAGGGAACAACCGGUGGCGCCGACUAUUUGCUGGACGGGUCAGAUAGUGUAAAUACUAGCUGGUUAACAUCAUAAGCUGGAGCAUCUCGGGCCCCAAGGAAUGUAUGCAGUUCUUACAUUUAAUAGCCAAGGUAGCUGACUAAAUGUCGCAGAGAGAUACAAAGCAGGAUGUUAAUAUAGGUCACACAACAUUGUCUUGUUUUCUGCCAUAAACGUGUUUCAUACAUAAACCGCUAGUGUUAGCCAUGAGGGGUUGUGUUUGAGACGUUGACUGUUGGUCGAGUAAACAAUUCUGGCAGUGUGCUAUUGUAUAUUUGGCUAUGGUAUGCAUAAGCACCAGCAAGGCUUACAACGACAACGAUGUUAUACCUGCUCAGUGUAAUAGGCCCAAUCCAGACAGAGGAAAACCUUUGUGUGCUCACGUUAUAGGAUUACACAUCUUACAGAGGCUACAGUGUGAAGACAAGCCUGCCAUAGCGCCUCCUGUGUUUGUUUUCCAAAAAGAUAAAGCACAGAAGCGAACUGCGGAGGGCUCAAGUGCAGAGGAUGGAGAAGAUUCAGAUAAAGACGAAGGGAGCUAUUGCCCCCCUGUGAAAAGGGAAAGGACGUCAUCGUUCCCACCCCCACAUUCUGAGGAGAAGCCUGUAGGAUUCCGUUUAAAGCCACCAACUCUCAUACAUGGACAGGCACCAAGUUCAGAUUCCAGUUGUGGAACCAACGGUGUGAAAAAGUCAUCAGAUGGGGCAUCUGUGACCCAGUCCUUCUUCCUGAACAACACAGAGCACUCAGCCACCCUGUCCAAGUCACAGAAACAUGAAAAUGAGGAAGAUGGAGCAAGUGGUAACAAAGACGGAGACGAAAGUGAGAAGAAGGAGACGGAUGUAGCAAUAUCUUUUGUGUUUGGUCAGAAUAUUAAAGACAGAGCAAAGUUGGAAGAGAACAGUACAGAAGGCAAGUCAAAGGAUGGUGUGCCGCUGGACUCUCAAUCAGAGGGCACUAAUUAUUUCUUACAGUACAUCUCUACCCCAAGUUCAGAAAAUGCCGCAAACAGUACAGACAGUGGGGCAAAAUUUGUUUUUGGGCAGAACAUGUCUGAACGAGUUCUGAGUCCCCCAAAGGGCGAGUCCUCAAAUGAGGAAAAUAAAGAAGUUUCAGCUGCCCCUGCUUCAGAGCCCUCAUCACAGGAAACCACCCCAGAGAAGGUGAACAGCGUGUCAGAGUCUUUGGAGGAGUCUGCAGCAGCUUACACCAAAGCCACAGCCAAGAAGUGCAUCUUAGAGAAAGUUGACGUCAAAACCGGAGAGGAAUCCGAAAGCAAUGUUUUGCAGAUGCAGUGCAAGUUAUAUGUUUUUGAGAAGACGGCUCAGUCGUGGAUAGAGAGAGGUCGAGGUUUGCUGAGGCUCAACGACAUGGCAUCAACAGACGACGGCACGCUACAGUCCCGUCUAGUGAUGAGGACCCAGGGCAGCCUCCGGUUGAUCCUCAACACUAAACUUUGGCCCCAGAUGCAGGUGGACAAGGCCAGCGAGAAGAGUGUACGAAUCACUGCCAUGGACACAGAGGACCAGGGGGUCAAGGUCUUCCUAAUAUCGGGUAGCUCUAAGGACAUAGGUCAGCUGGCUGCAGCGUUACAUCACCGUAUCUUAGCCCUGAAGAGCAGGGCAGAGCAGGAGCCUGAGACCCCAACGACAACCAUCCCCGAUGCCGAGGUACCGCAGUCCAACGAGGACGACAGCGACGAGGAAGACCAUGCCUCUGCCUCAGCUUCAGCCUCCACUCCUGCUACGAGUAAUUCAGAGGGAGGAGAGAACCAGGCAACAGGAAGCACAUAGCGUCACUCUUGGACAGCCUGCUCAGAUGCUGCCGUUGAGGCAUUUUGCUGUAUGCAUCUCCAUGGACAACCCUUGACCAACAUGGGUCCUCCAGACCAGUACUUUUGGAUAUUAGAAGUCUAGCUCCAGGAAAUAACCCCUUGUGCCAGAGUGUUCCACCCAACUCGUGCAGUUCAUCUUCUCUGCAUUCAGCGUAAUAUCUGGAGUCGUUUAUUCCCUCCCUCUCCUGUUUUGUGUUUUAUUUUUGUUUUCGAGUAUUUUUUCCUCUCCCCGAUAGCAAAAAUAAAGACUUCAAAGCUUUGGUUUGGGACUUUUCUGCUCAUCAUAUUGAUGAGUGUAAGGGUGUUUUCCUCUACAUUUUAAAGUAUGGCACAUGUUAAGACUGCAGUUUCUACUUUGGGACCUUUUUACUCACUCUACAGCCGUAUCUCUGGACACCACACAUCCAGAGGAGCUUCAUUCACAGUGUAUCAGUCAUCAGUCACUUGUUCCUCCAUUGAGUCCAACCCUCCUCCUAUCUCCCCCCCCCCCCCUCCAUCCCAACCAGUCUGUGCGUUAGGUUUUGGCAAAUGUAAUUUAUUUUGGAUUGUCCGUUUCAUGAGGCAUCUCAACCCAUAUGUGCGGUUUGUAAUGGCUAGCCAAGACCACUCAAGUUGUCAUUAAUAGCAGUUUCUUAUAUUUCCUAUUGACCUAUAUUAUAAAGAAUAAAAGACUGAAAACAAUGUGGUUUCUGCUAAUGUGAGUUAAUGAUGUCAGGACAAAACAGAAGAAUUCACCUCAAAUAUUUCUCUAAAUUAAUAAGAUGUGUUUGUCAUUCACCUUGUCGGUUUUUUAAUGAUUUUUUUUUUCCAAAUCAAGAAACUUGACUCAUCAGUCUCAUUCUGCAUGUAACUGUUACUUCUUUUUUAUUCUUUUCAGCAUCCCAAAGGUUUACUGUGUUGAUACAUAUUUUUAUUUUGAAAAUAUACAAACAUUUUAUCCAUUUUCCUUUGGAAAAUAUGUUUGAAUGAAGACUUAAGUUGAUGUGUGGAAAAAUUUGAGUGAUAACUCUAAUACCCUUUGAAUGUCAUGUACAUUUGAAUAUAUCAUCAUUUAGUAGCACACCAUGUUUUUCUCAUCUCCUCCAAAUACCCUCUUUACAAAAUAAACCAUUUUGGACUGACA